AUGAAUAGGCAUCACGCCUUUGCGAACGGCUACUCUGCCUACCCGCGCGGGCAGAGCAGAGCAUUUUCUAUCUCUCCUCAUCGCUUUCAACCACGACCGCAAUCCGCCUUACGACGUCGCAGACAACUCAUUCAACGACUUUGUUUUCUCGGCGGUGUCUCUAUCCUUUUCCUUGUCCUGAUCUUUCCCUCGUGGCGAGCCGCGAUCCUGCCGACCUUAUCCCUUGGCCUUCUCCAUUCUAGCGACGAUCUACAACUCCAGACUCUCCGAUACUAUGAUCUGUCUGCAGUGCAAGGCACGGCGCAAGGAUGGGAGCAGGAGGAGCGUGUGCUCAUGUUGACGCCUCUUCGGGAUGCCUCGUCUCAUCUGCCCAUGUUUUUCUCCCACCUCCGGAACCUCACCUACCCUCACCAUCUCAUCGACCUCGCGUUCCUGGUGUCCGACUCGAAGGAUGCUACACUGGAGCUGCUCACGCAGAUGCUGGAAGAGGUCCAGAACGAUCCCGAUCCCAAGAUGGCGUUUGGGGAGAUCUCGGUGAUCCAGAAGGAUUUCGGCCAGAAGGUUCAGCAGGAUGUGGAAAGUCGGCACGGGUUUGCUGCGCAGGCGGGGAGAAGAAAGCUGAUGGCUCAGGCGAGGAACUGGUUGUUGAGUGCUACCCUGCGCCCGACGCAUAGUUGGGUGUAUUGGCGCGAUGCCGAUGUGGAGACCGCCCCUCGCACUAUCCUUGAGGACUUGAUGAGGCAUGAUAAAGACGUCAUCGUUCCGAAUGUCUGGCGUCCACUUCCUGACUGGCUGGGCGGGGAACAACCCUAUGACUUGAACUCAUGGCAGGAGUCAGAGACGGCUUUGGCACUGGCGGAAACUCUGGACGAGGAUGCCGUGAUUGUCGAAGGGUACGCUGAGUAUGCCACUUGGCGGCCUCAUCUUGCCUACCUUCGCGAUCCGUACGGGGACCCUGACAUGGAGAUGGAGUUGGAUGGUGUCGGCGGUGUCAGUAUCCUUGCCAAGGCCAAGGUGUUCCGCUCAGGAGUACAUUUUCCCGCGUUCAGCUUCGAGAAACAUGCUGAAACAGAGGCAUUUGGAAAGAUGGCCAAGCGUAUGGGGUUCUCGGUGAUCGGACUUCCACACUACACAAUCUGGCAUCUUUACGAACCUAGUGUAGACGAUCUCCGACACAUGGAAGAGAUGGAGCAGGAGCGAAAAGCCCGAGAGAAGGAAGAGAAAGACCAGGCCGAACGAGCGGAACGUGUACAAGCUCUUUUCAAGGACCCUGGGCCCCAAUGGGAUAUCGACAAAGCUUUCGUGCAGGACUCUAUUGAAACCGAGCAGAAAGAGUUGGAUCUGGUGAACCAUGUGGUGGGUGCCUCAGACGCCCAGGCCUCGGAGGCGCAACAGAAUGGCCCUGCAGUCAAAGCUCCCGAGCCCAGCAUCACGCCUGUGCCUGUUGCGCCUGGAAAGCCAUGA